AUGACUUUGCACCUCCUCUUCCAGCUCCAUCUCAGCCCAGCACUCUUGAGCCUGGUGUUCCAAGAUCUUAUCUUUAGUCUUAGCACCCACACCCUCACUGGAGGGCUGGCCUUUGCCUUGCUAUGUGGCCUGGAGCUGGGCACACCCCUCUCAGACCUCCUCACGCCUGUUCCAAAGGCCAGCAGCGACCUGCCCACACUGGAGCAGCGGACAGCACUGGAUCUGGGGAAGGGGACUAAGUUGGCCCUGGACCCUACCAAAAAAAGCCCAGCAUCAGGCUUCUUCCAGGGGCGCCUCUUACAGGGAGACACUCAGAGGGUCCUUUCUACAUUAAAAGCCACCUGCAGACUCCUGCUGGCCACAGCUCCUUCGACUCGUGUCAUCGCGUCCUCUUUUGCUGUGACUUCCUACAGCUAUCACCGGUCGUCGGCCUCCUCCUUCCAGGGCCUGGGUGGCAACACUGUGGGCUUCGGAGCAGGAGGCACCAGCUGCGCACCCCGCAUCCACGGGGCUUGGGUGGCUGUGGUGUGUCGGUGCCCUCCACCCGCUUCGUCCCCCUCUGGGGGCCACAGUGGCAGUUAUGUGGAUGCCCUGGCUGGGUCUGACGUUCUGCAGGGCAACGAGAAGGUGACCAUGCAGAACCUCAAUGACCGCCUGGCCUCCAACCUGGAGAAGGUUUGUGGCCUGGUGGUGGCCAGCGGGGACCUGGAGGUAAAGAUCCAUGAUUGGUACCAGAAGCAGGGGCCCUGGGCCAGCUGCAACUAUGGCCACUACUGCCAGGCCAUUGAGGAGCUGUGGGACAAGAUUCUUGUCAUCGCUGAGAAUGCCAAGGUUGUCCAGCAGAUCGACAGUGCCCGUCUGGCUGCAGACGACUUCCCAGCCAUGUUCGAGACGCAGCAGGCCCUGUGCAUGAGCGUGGAGGUUGACACUGACCCUGAGGGCCUCCGCAGAGAGCCAACCCCGGCCAGAGCCGCUCUGGAGAUGCAGGUAGAAGGCCUGAGGCGGCGGCGGGAGGUGGCCUACUUGAAGAAGAACCACAAGGAGGACAUUAGUGCCAUGAAGGGCCAGGUCCGUGUGGAGGGGGAUUCUGCUCCUGGCAUUGACCUAGUCAAGGUUCUGAGUGACCAGAGGAGCCAACAUGAGGUCAUAGCUGAGAAGACAGAGGACACCGAGGCCUGGGUCACUGGCCAGACUGAGGUGCUGAACCGGAAGGUUGCUGGCCACGUGGAGCAGCUGAAAAUCAGCAAGACAGAGGUCACUGACCUGUACCACGGCCUGCAGGGGCUGGAGAUGGAGCCACGGUCCCCGCUCAGCCCGAAAGCCGCCCUGGAAGGCACGCUGGUGGAAACGGAGGCUCGCUCUGGAGCCCAGCUGGCACAGAGCCACACGCUGGUCAGCAGCACUGAAGCCCAGCUGAGUGUUGUUCGAGCCGACACUCUGCAGCAGAGCCUGGAGGACCGGCAGCUCACGGACAUCAACACCCAGCUGGAGCAGGAGGGCGCCCCCUACCGCGGCCUGCCCUCGGGCCAGGAUGCCUGCCCGCCUCCAAGACUGCUGGGGUCCAGCAGCCUCCUGGGCUUCCUGCUUCCUGCGGAGGGAAGGAUGCUCCUGGGCCGUUGGUAUCAGGAGACAUUCCUGGACUAG